GAAUGGCCCCCUCUAGCCAAAAGGGGUCUUGCAACUAUUGUUUUACGUAUGUAAGAUUCUCAAAAUUCAAGUGUACAUGAACAAAACGGGAUAAGUUGGAAUUAAUUAUACUUUACCUCUUAUUUUUCUCAAGCAUCUUUUAGUUUUGGAACAUUCUUGAAGAAGAAGAAAAUCGCCCACUGUUUUUAGGUAAGAAAACGAAACAAACAGUGGGCAGAGAUUCCGUGAAUCCAAUUUUUCUACUACAUUUUCACUUGUCAUAACCCUAAUUCACAAAUUUCUUCAACAAGAGUUUGAUGGAUGCCUCACCGCAAAAUGCUCAACCGGUUUGUGGGGAACAAGUACUUGAACUUCUAAAUUGCACCAUUGAAUCUCCUUAUGAUAAGGACAAAUGUCAACGUUUGCUUGAUUCACUGCGCCAAUGUGUUAUAAACAAGGACCGCAAAACGGGAUAGACAAUUGGCAUAGGACAUGAAUCACAAGGCCUUUACCAUCUUACCUUUUCAAAUUCCUUCACAGCAUGCUCCGCUACAGACCCUCCCGACCUUCUUCACAAACGUUUGGGACAUCCGAAUCUAUCCAAGCUUCAAAAGAUGGUGCCUAGUUUGUCUAGUCUAUCCACAUUAGAUUAUGAGUCGUGUCAACUUGGGAAACACACUCGUGCUAUAUUUUCACACAGUAUUGAGAGUCGUUCAGAAUCUAUUUUCUCAUUAGUUCAUUCUGAUAUUUGGGGUCGUAGUAGAGUCAGUUCACUCUUAGGAUUUCGUUACUUUGUUACUUUCAUUGAUGAUUUUUCAAGAUGUACUUGGGUUUACUUGAUGAAAGAUCGUUUCGAGUUAUUUUUUAUAUUCAAAGGUUUUUGUGCUGAAAUACAAAAUCAAUUUGGUGUUUCUAUUCGUGCUUUUCGUAGUGAUAAUGCCUUAGAAUACUUAUCCUUCCAGUUUCAGGAGUUCAUGACUUAUCAAGGAAUCAUCCACCAGACAUCAUGCCCAUACACUCCUCAGCAGAACGGUAUAGCAGAAAGGAAAAAUAGGCAUCUCAUUGAGACUGCUCACGCUCUUCUCAUUGAAUCCCAUGUUCCGCUGCGUUUUUGGGGCGAUGUAGUCCUCGUAUCUUGUUAUCUCAUUAACAGAAUGCCAUUAUCUUCAAUCCAGAAUCAGGUUCUCUAUUCCAUACUACUUCCUCAGUCACAUCUCUACUUUAUCUCCCCUCGUGUUUUUGGGAGCACAUGUUUUGUUCAUAACUUAGCCCCAGGAAAAGAUAACUUAGCCCCUCGUGCUCUCAAAUCUAUCUUCCUGGGUUACUCUCGAGUUCAAAAAGGGUAUCGAUGCUAUUCAUCUAAUCUGGGUCGCUAUCUUAUGUCCGUCGAUGUCACAUUCUUUAAAUAUCAACCUAACUAUACAUCCUCUGAUCAUCUUGAUAUCUCUGAGGUUUUACCCAUGCCUCCGGUUUUACCCACCCCAAUCUUUGAGGAAUUUACGGUUUCUUCUCCAUCUCCAGUUGCAGUGCCACCACUUUUGACUUAUCAUUGUCGCCCACGUCUAGUAUUAGUCCCAGUUGAUUCAUGUCAUGCGCCUGACGCUUUCCCUACUGCGAACCCGCCUCCUCAUAGCCUAUCAGUUGCACUUCAAAAAGGUGAAUCUACUGUUGGUUGCUGUUGGGUUUAUGCAGUCAAAGUUGGUCCAGAUGGUCAGGUUGAUCGGCUGAAGGCUCGCCGUGUUGAGGAUAUAAAUAAAUAUUUGGGCUUGAUUAUAGCGACACUUUCUCUCUCGUGGCUAAAAUAGCAUCAGUUCGUCUAUUUAUCUCUAUGACUGCCGUUCAUCAUUGGUCUCUUUAUCUGUUGGACAUUAAGAAUGCUUUUCUGCAUGGUGAUCUUGAGGAAGAAGUCUAUAUGGAGCAACCACCUGGUUUUGUUGCUCGGGGGAGUCUAGUAGCCUUGAAUGUUGAUUGCGAAAGUCACUUUAUGGUUUAAAACAGUCCCCUCAAGCCUGGUUCGGAAAGUUUAGCAUAGUGAUUCACGAGUUUGGCAUGAUUCGUAGUGGAGCUGAUCAUUCAGUGUUUUAUCGCCAUUCUGAACCAAAUCUGUGUAUUUAUUUGGUGGUUUAUGUUGACGAUAUUGUUAUCACCGGCAAUGAUCAAGAUGGUAUCACUAACUUGAAGCAACAUCUCUUUCAGCAUUUUCAGACUAAAGACCUCGGCAGACUGAAAUACUUUCUAGGUAUUGAGGUUACUUAGUCUAAAUCAGGUAUUGUUCUUUCUCAACGCAAAUAUGCUUUAGACAUUCUUUAGAAGACAUGAAUGAUGGGAUGUCAACCCAUUGACACUUCUAUGGAUCCAAAUGCUAAAUUUCUACCAGGACAGGGGGAGCCACUUAGUGAUCCUGGAAGGUAUAGGCGGUUGGUUGGAAAGUUGAAUUAUCUCACAGUGACUAGACCUGAUAUCUCUUUUCUUGUGAGUGUUGUAAGUCAGUUUAUGACUUUCCCUUGUGAUAGUCAUUGGGAUGCAGAUGUUCGUAUUUUGCGAUAUAUAAAGUCAUCUCCAGGUAAAGGUCUACUCUUUGAGGAUCGAGGCCAUGAACAUAUCAUUGGAUAUACAUAUGCUGAUUGGGCAGGAUCACCCUCUGAUAAACGUUCUACAUCCAGAUAUUGUGUUUUAGUAGGAGGUAAUUUGGUGUUCUGGAAGAGUAAGAGACAGAGUGUGGUUGCUUGAUCUAGUGCCGAAGCAGAAUAUCGCGCAAUGGCUGCAACAACUUGCGAGCUGGUUUGGAUCAGACAACUGUUGAAAGAACUAAAAUUUGGAGAAACUGAUAAGAUGAAACUUGUAUGUGAUAAUCAAGCAGCCCUUCAUAUUGUAUCUAAUCCAGUGUUCCAUGAGAGGACCAAGUACAUAGAGAUUGAUUGUCACUUUGUCAGAGAAAAAUACUCUCGGGAGAUAUCGUUACAAAAUUUGUGAAGUCAAGCGAUCAACUUGCUGAUAUUCUCACCAAGUCCCUCACCGGUCCUCGUAUUAAUUACAUUUGUAACAAGCUAGGUACAUAUGACUUGUAUGCACCAGCUUGAGGGGGAGUGUUAGAAUAUGAGUAGGAAUAGGAAUAGUAUACUAAAUCCUACUCGGGAAAGGAUUGUAAUGUAGUGUCUAUAAAUAGGAUGUCAAUGUAAUUAUGUAGACACAAUCCAAUAAUAAUAUUUUCUCCAUUAUUUCUCACUCUUAUAAAGAUACAAGGUUGGGUGUGCCUACAGAACAUUUAAAUCAUUGUUUUUUGUUUCAUAUGUUCUCUAACAACGAUAUCUCAGUUCUAAACAAGUCGGGGUCAUCUAUAUAAAUCCUCACCAUGUUUCGCCGUUUCAGCUCAAGUUGUGUCAUCAUCAUACACAAAUUAGAUUAAUAAAAUAUAUAAAUAAAACAUAGUAAUAAUAAUAAUGUUACAGGUUCUCUAUAUUUUGCUGACAUACAAAUCUGUGAAAAGGUUAAAAUACUCCUGGAGAAGCAAUAGUUUCAACUCAACGUAUUAACAAGACUAAAAUCUACUCCUUACUACUAGUAUAUAUCACCUGCAGGCUAUAUGGAUCUUUUUUUUUCAUUGUGCCCAAGUGUUUCAAAACUUCUUUCCUCGUGAUUUUAGGUGUACUUCAUCCCCUUUUAACACAGUCACUCACAAUAGUUCCACACCAAUAGAGCGGUGCAUUUAUAAAGUCGAUGUUGGACAACAACAACAAUAACAACAACAACAACAAACUCAGUGUAUUCCCACAUAGUGGGGUCUGUGGAGGGUAAGAUGUAUGCAGUCUAUACCACUACCUCCGGAGAAGUAGAAAAGC